CCAGACUAUACACCACCAAAAAAGUGCCCAACGCUUACCAUUUCCUUCUUUCACACUUGCAGUAUCCUUAACAUAGCGCCUAACCGCGAAUCUCAACUCGUGGAAAUCACAUUAUGGGCUGGUUUUGGGGCGGUUCGAACCAAGACGAUCCCGUCAAAAAGCUUGACCCGGAGCUGCGGGAUUUCCUCGAACAUGAAGCCCCCAAGAAAUACGUUCCCACAACUGCGAUUCCUUCUUCCAGCGAUCCUACGAAGAUAGCAGAAACUCCAGUUCAACCGCCACCAGCGGAGAAUGCCACGCCCUCCGAGUCUUCAGUCCCCAGUGCCUCCCUCUUCCCCGAUGGUCGCUAUGCCCACCUCUGGAAGACCUACAAACCACCCCAGGAACAGCAACAGUCCGAGAUGAAAACCGCCGAGCGGGUGAUCGAAAAAUACAAACAGCGCGGUGAUACCGUGCACCGGGCGGCGAUGGAGAACUGCGCGUUGGAGCAGGAAGACUGGGCCAAAUGCUUCCGCACCGGCGACUGGCAGAAGCAGCUGAAAGCCCGUGCGACCAUGUGCUCGGAAGAGAACUCCAAGUUCUCUCGUUGUUUUACCACCCAGGCUAAAUUCCUCCAAGCUUUGGGCUACGCAUCCUCCUUCGAGUGGGACGAAGAGCGAGAGGAGCGAAUUCAGAUGCACGCGGAUAAGCUCUAUCACGAGAUGUUGAAUUACGAAACUCGGGUGGAGGAAGCACAGAAAGCCGGGCUGGAGCCCCCGCCGCUCACCUCGCUCUUCAACCCCCAAGCACCGCCACAGCCCAAUCCCGCCGUCACCAACACCAAGACGUUAGAGAUCCCUGGCGGGGAGGCCAUCCCUGCUGGACUGAAGCCAUCACGGCCAUUGGAGAAGCUCACGCCCCAUGAACGAGAAUUGGAGAUUCGCGCGCACAACGCACAGAUCGAGCAGCAGAAACUAUACGUGCAGGAGGCGACGCCAUUCAUGAAGAAACAGGAAGAAGCUCGUUCCAAGCGACGGGAGAAGGCUACUAGUUGGUUUGGCGAGACAGUUGGUCGCUGGGUCACUUAAAGCACUGCGGACGUGACAAUAUAGGCCUUCAGUUCUUAUGUAUAUUAUGAUUAUCAUCACCCUUUGUCAGGAGUUUGUGUGAUAUAAGCGACAUUUCGAUAUGGAAUGG